AUGUAUAGUCAUAUUCCACCGAACGCCUUGACUUCUCCACAGGUGGGAAAUGAACAAGUUGUAUUUCUGGCAACUUCCCCUGGGUUAACUUCAUCUUAUGGACCAGCAAAUCCAAUGCCUUCAACACCAAUGCAGUUUCCAGCCCAAGGAGCUCCUCAACUCACUGGCAUAUCUUCCUCAGCUGCAUAUGGUUGUGGCCCGGUAAUAGGGGUACAGGUACCCAUGUGGACACAUGUACCACAAACAUCUCCUACAGUCGUGGGAAACAUGAUGCAGUACCCAACACAGCCCUUGCAGUACCAAGCCUGUUACAUGUCUCCUGUGCAGCAUACUAAUCAUGGAAUGUACUUCAAUAAUCAAAUGCAGUCAUACAACAUGGUACCACAUCAGUAUGUUCCUGUACCCAACAGAGGAUUCAGACAACAUUUUCCUAUGGGGCAACCACCAAAUGUACCCUAUGCAAUGCCUCAUGAGUGUGUGCCAGUUGCUAACUCUGGGUUUGCCCACCCUGCUGGAGGGAUGGUUCAUCCUCAGUUCAUACCACCUGACCCACAUGCAAGGGAGGCAGUGUAUGAGAUGUCCAUAUUUCAACAAGCUCAGUAUAUUCCCCAGUAUCCUACAUCAACUCAUCAACAUCCACAGAUAUCAGCAGUUGUUCAGAGAAGACCUGGGGUUGUUAAUCAGCCGGCAUAUUUUACUAGGGAGGAGCUAGAGGUACAAAAAUCACUUCCAAACUCAGAACAGCAGGGAGGGGUAAAUGCUGUUCAUUUACUACAUGAAGAAGAGUCUACUGGGGUGCACAAACCUGUUAGAUCUGAUGGUAAUUCAGCUGCCAGUUUGUGUGAACAGGCUCCAGCUCCUUCACAACAACACAUAUUAGAAAAUACAGAAUCUAUUCAAUCUCCACACCAUCACAUAUUGGACUGUGUAGAACCUGUUCAGGCAGAUGCUAUUGUUUCACCAAGCCAAAUGACUUUAGUACCCAGUCCAUCAUCUUCCGAUGGUGUUCAAACAGUGUGCAGUAGCCCAGUACAGUCACACAGUGAAGAAGAUGAACUGACAGUUGCAGAAGAUGACCAAAUUCCAACCAAGGACAUAAGUGAUGAUUUAACUCUCCAUCAAUCUCCAGUUGAAGUAAACAAUGCAGAUAAUUUUGAAAGGCUGGAGCCUGAGCAGCCCUACGACAGUGCUUCUUUCAAGCCAGAAAAGUGCAAUGCAAUUGCUCUAACAAAACCCUUACUGAAAGAAGGGAUGUAUGGUCCUCAAAAAGGGGAAAUAAGUGGAUCCUCCUCAGUGAGUCAGGAAACUGAACUUAUCCCUCAAAAUGCAUUUUGUAAGCACUCUACCCAGCCUUACAUCUCUAGAGAAAGUAAGGCCAGCACUAAUCAGAUGCAUUACCAUUACCACCGAUCAAUACGAUCCCUUAUUGACACACCUGUAUAUGACACUGCCCACAGUAGAGUGCUCAGUCAACUUGCACAACCUGAUGCUUCCUCAGCACAAUCCCAUAAUGGAAGCCAAGGACGCCCUUUGACAACUCACUUCAGGCAACUGUUUAAACCCAUUCCUCACAGUACCACAAAGAGUGCAAGGAAAGAUGAUGGAAGGAGUUGA